CUGCUUUGGUGAAACAGUCUGAAGCGAUGACCGGCAGAUCAGGAACUCUGCGCUGGCUACAGAAUGCCCGAAGACACAUUGAGAGCUCACAGGAGUGGAAAGAUUUUACAAUAAGGCUAUUUGAUGCUGUCCAGCAGCAGAUGACAGAGAGCCACGUCAAUGUCUUCACAGACCUCUUGGAGGCAGAGAAGGCUUUUGUCCUGCAGAGAGCUGCCAAGGCCAUCCAAAGAGGAGACUUGUAUAAAGCCAUGAUAUCUCAAAUUAGCACUUGCUUAGAGGAGCAGCUGUACAGUCAAGUAGCUCAUGAGAUGAGAGAUGGUGAUCAUCUGAGAAGCAAGUUGUCCCUGGUCUCGAGUCACAUCAGGAAUGGAGUGAUGAAUUUGUUGGAAGAAAGGCCAGAGCUGAAAGGGAAAAUGCAUGCUUUUCUCAACCAGCCUCUCCCUGCAGACUUCAGAAGGCUUACCUGGAGGCUCUACCUGUCUAAUCCAAGAGUAUGCCGAGACUAUCUGUCUCAAGUAGCAGCAAAUAAAGCUAAAUCCCCAAAGGACCGGGAGAUUUUCCUGAAGUCUCGGGCUCUAUUGUCCACUGAACCCACUUUUCAGCACCUGAAAGACAAUGAAGUUGCAGCAAGGUGUUUGAGGAAUGUCCUCUCCUAUUACCAUAAGCUUCAGGGCACAGCCACACAUCUGCCUGAUAUGGAAUACUUUCUACUGCUGCCUCUGUUGCAAGUCGCCCUGGACCCUGCUGCUCCCAACCUGUCUACGGACUCCAUUUCUGCCCUUCUGGUGGAAGAGUUUAUCACGUUCAUGAACCUUCGACCUCGGUUCAUGAGACUCUCUUUCACCCAGGAUGCUGCUGGUACCGAUGUAUUGGGGGAAGUAAGCUCAAUGCUACAUGAACAGGACAGGGACCUGACCACAGUUAUUAAGGGCAUUUACAGUCAGGCAGAGGAAACUCAAGAAUCCCUGUUGAGAGCCGUGAAGCAUAUGCUCCAACCAGCCAUCAGUACUCUCUUUGUGGGCUACUUGAGCAUGGAUACAUUACUGUAUGUCUGGGACCAGCUAAUAAUUGGACUUGACCAGCCAUCAUACAACUGCUUCCCUGCAUUCAGUGCAGUCUUCAUCCUGCUCCUUCGGGACUAUCUGAAAACAUGUCAGUCACCAGGCCAGGUGGAAGCAGCUCUAAAGACUCGAGGGCCAACUUUGUCUGUGGAAGAAUUCCAAGACAUGAUCAGAAGACACUACUUCAAGGAACUCUACAGCCGGCUGCACGAGGAUGACAAUGAGCCCUUUCCAAUCCAUGACCCCACCCAAGCUUUGCCUCCCUGGAGCUACUUGUCCAGAGUAACAGUACCGCCAAGAACAAGACCUGAGGACAGGAAACAGGCAAGGAAAGAGCGUGAGAUGCUCGAAAAGCAGCACAAGGAGAGACUGAAACAUGAAGAAAGACUGCAGAAGUUUAGAGAGGAGGAAGAAAGGAGGCAACAGGAGAGCAGACUGCUACAGCUGUUGGAAGAAACUAAAGGAACCUUUGAGGCCCAAAGGGUCUACCUGAAAGAACAACUAACACAGGAGAAACAGCUGCGCUAUGAAAUGCAGAAGGCAGCAGAGGCCCAGAUAAGUGGGCUGGAAGAUGAAAUCAAAAAGCUCCAGGAGCAGCAAAGGCCUUCCAUGGAUGAUGCAUGCUCUGUGGGAAGCCUCAUAGCACCUGCACCUUCACGGCAGUCACUGACCCCUUUGCAUCCUUCACCUUCCCCACUACAACCAGCACCUCCUAAAGUUACAAGUGGGAUGUCCAGAAACAUAGAAAUUCAUGGGAAAACAGCAGCAAUGGUGACACUGGAUUUGCUUGAACAGAUAAUGCAGGCUGCAAAUGCAAUCGCUAAUGGACAUAAUGCAGCUGAGCAAGGCUCUCUGAAUGCAGCUACCAGAGAACACCUUUGGAACUACAGCCAGGAUUGCAAGAAUGCAGAGAUUGAAGUAUUUGGUCACCACAUAAGCAGAGAAGAUAUAGAAAAAAUUCCAGAACCCAGAAGAAAGGAACUGAAAAAGAAAUUAACUGGCACUAUCAGAAGAAACGCAGAGGCCCGUCACAAAGCCCAACUUGCAGUAGGGAAAGGGAUGUUACCAGACUCUGUCAUCUAUAUGUAACAUGAGUACUUGAAAUUUAAGGAUUAAUACAAAUCCCAGAACAUUCAUAGUUACAUUUCAGUCUGAUAAUUCAUUGUACCGUACUGGUGGGCUCUAAAGAUAAUUAAUCAUUUAUUUAGGGGGCGGGCUGAUGUCUCCGGUCAUCUGGUGCCUGCUAUUGUGAAACUAUUUUCAGUUCCUUAUAAUUUUGCAUACGUGUAUAAUUUUCAAGGCCUAACAGAAGCUGCAGACAGGAUUUUUGACAGGAAUCUCCUACCAAUGUAGCCAUUAUAGCUAAUACUGCUGAAAGUAGUAAAACAGCUGCAUCAUAAUGCUUAGCUGUUGCAUAGUAUUUUUCACCGACAGGUUAUCAAAAAGCUUUAACAAGGAAAUACAUCAUUCCCAUUCUACUUACAGGGCAGAGAUGGUAAAGUGGUCAGUCUAGGUCCACACAGUAAAUCAGGUACAAGAGCAGGGAAUAUUAAAUUCAGGUUUUAUUGGAAUACCAUUAGUGCAAAACAGAUUCUGUGUAGGACUCCAUUGGUGUAGCAUACUAUUCCUAUAACAAGUAAACCUUCCUACCAGACAUAGCAAAUAAUUGGUACUGCUAGCUCCAGUAAGGAAACUGACAUUUUAGAAGACAAUGUAUUCAGGCUGCCUGCACUCUAGGGUUAUGCAGCUGCUUUAAGAAUGGCAGCAGUGUUACAGCUACUAGGCCUCUGCCAUAGAUGCAAGCACUGCCAGCAGUUUUUGAUACCCAAGCUAUAUUUGUUAUAAGCUGACUUUUUCACAUCCCUCACAAGCCUAAGGGCUUAUUUUAGAAUACUCCAUUUUAAAUCUAUAGAAUAAUGUUCAAGGCAUGUCAUCUUCAAGGAAGCCACUUGUGAAAUACGAUUAAAUCUAACACGUGAAAGCUUCAUUUCAAUGAAUA